AUGCCUCGCGGCCCGCGGCCCCCGCUCGGCCUCGGCCUCGGCCUCCUGCUGCUGCUGCCGCUCGCCGCCGCACCUGGGCACGGCGGCGCCGAGAGGCCGUGGGAGGGGACGGACGAGCCGGGCUCGGCGAGGGCCUGGCUGCGGGCGGCCGGAGCCCUCUCCAGGCGGUACUGGACGCUCUUCAGCUGCCAGCUGUGGCCCGACGACUGUGACGAGGCCGACGCCGCCGCGGGGCCCGGGGGCUGGAGCCUCCCUGGUUUGGGUCAACGGUACCUGGAUAUCCUCACUACGUGGUACUGUGGCUUCCAGGACUGCUGCAGUGGCGGGGACUGCAGGAUCUCCAACAACUUUCCAGGCUUGGAAUCGAACCUGAGUGUGCGCCUGCAUGGCCAGCAUCUGGCCCGUGAGCUGGUCCUGAGAACGGUGAGGGGCUACUUAGAGAGGCCCUGGCCAGAGAAGGCCCUGGCUCUGUCGUUCCAUGGCUGGUCUGGCACAGGCAAGAACUUUGUGGCGCGCAUGCUGGCAGAGAACCUGUAUCGGGAGGGGCUGAGGAGCGAGUGUGUCAAGAUGUUCAUCGCCACGUUCCAUUUCCCACACCCCAAGUAUGUGGACCUGUACCAGGAGCAGCUGACCAGCCAGAUCCAGGGGACGCAGCAGCGCUGCCCACAGAGCCUGUUCAUCUUUGACGAGGCUGAGAAGCUGCACCCGGGGCUGCUAGAGCUCCUAGGGCCACACUUGGAACGCCACGCCACUGAGGGCCACAGCACUGAGUCUCCGAGGAACAUCUUUCUUUUUCUCAGUAACCUCGGGGGCAACGUUGUCAACGAGGUGGUCCUGACACGGCUUAAGGCUGGACGGCCCCGGGAAGAAAUUACGAUGGAAGACUUAGAGCCCCGCCUCCGAGCCGAGAUCAUGGGGUCCACAGACAGUGGCUUUGGCCGCAGCCSUCUGGUGAAAGAAGACCUGAUUGACGUCUUUGUCCCCUUCCUGCCGCUGGAAUACCAUCACGUGAGGCUGUGUGCUCGCGACGCCUUCCUGAGCCAGGAGCUCCCGCACACAGAAGAGUCCCUGGACGAGAUCGCCAAGAUGAUGACCUAUGUCCCCCAGGAGGAACGACUCUUUUCCUCCCAGGGCUGCAAGUCUGUUGCUCAGAGAAUUACCUACAUCCUGCCCUGAAGACAGACUGAGGACUUCCCGGAGCUGCCGGGGUGCCAGCGCAUCCAGCAGUUACUAACUAACGAGUAACAGGAAGGCCUUGAUCAGAAACAGAGCCAGUUCUUCAAUCACUUGGUGCCUUAAAGACCCACGUUCCACAACGUGGGCCAGGAGGCCACAGAUCCCGGGCUCGCAGCCCUGCGGGUGCUCUCCCUGGGCGGCCCCCUGGCCUCGCAGCUGUCCUGGCAGAUGGCUGGACUUGGGGGUUGGGCCCGAGGCUGCAGGGUUCUUGGGUUACAGAACAGGGCUGUGGUGGCCCAGCAUGGGACUCACCUGGGCUGGCAGGAUGGGCAGGCUGGCUUUCAAGCCGCUACCCCCAGAGCAAUGAUGAGCAGCGAGUGGGUGGGUCAGCACAGAGCCUUG